ACAGCUCUCCCCAUCCCCCGUUUCCGUGGGUCUCCUUCCCACAGUUAAAGGCUACUCUCUCUUGAAGCACGUGAGGAGAAGCCUUAGCAACCUCAACCUGGAAGCUCUUCGCGUACCCUCUUUGUCACCCUCUCCCCGAACUAUGCCUAACUCCCUCACCGGAGUUGGGUAGUGGAUGAGAGAGAAGGAAACCUGGGGAGGCUAAAGCCGCGGCAACUUGGUCGCACUUCCGCCUCCCGAGCUCCGGAAGGUAGAGCGCACGCGCUCCCUGCGACUCCGGCGCGGUUGACUUCCGCUCCCACUGUGCCCUGCGAGCCGAAUCAUGGAUCACACUGAUAAUGAGUUACAAGGCACUAAUAGUUCUGGAUCAUUGGGUGGUCUUGAUGUUCGAAGACGAAUUCCUAUAAAGCUCAUCUCCAAACAAGGGAACAAAGCCAAAACUGCACCUCGAACUCCAAGGACUAUAAACAGGAUGCCUGCAAAGGCUCCGCCUGGUGAUGAAGUUUUAGGGCCAAAAGAGACAUGAGAAGCCUGGCAUUUUGGAGGGAUAGAUGUGUCUUCUCAGCUUUACUUUAGAAGGAUUUGAUUAUAACGAAGAAGAACGGUAUGACUGUAAAGGGGGCGAACUUUUUGGAAAUCAGCGAAGAUUUCCUGGACACCUUUUUUGGGACUUCCAGAUAAACAUCUUAGGUGAAAAGGAUGAUACACCAGUACAUUUCUGUGACAAAUGUGGAUUGCCUAUUAAAAUCUAUGGGCGAAUGAUUCCAUGCAAGCAUGUUUUUUGCUAUGACUGUGCUAUUUUACAUGAAAAAAAAGGAGAUAAGAUGUGUCCAGGCUGUAGUGAUCCUGUGCAGCGAAUCGAGCAGUGUACACGAGGUUCUCUCUUCAUGUGUAGCAUUGUUCAAGGGUGCAAGAGAACAUACUUGUCUCAGAGAGACUUACAGGCUCAUAUCAACCACCGCCAUAUGAGAGCUGGAAAACCUGUUGCCCGCGCUUCACUUGAAAACGUCCAUCCGCCUAUUGCCCCACCACCAGCCGAAAUCCCCGAUCGCUUUAUAAUGCCGCCGGACAAGCACCAUAUGAGCCACAUUCCGCCAAAGCAGCACAUCAUGAUGCCACCACCUCCUUUGCAACACGUGCCACACGAGCACUAUAAUCAGCCCCACGAGGACAUCCGUGCGCCUCCUGCAGAGUUGUCCAUGGCUCCACCUCCACCUCGUUCGGUCAGUCAGGAAACCUUUCGUAUUUCAACAAGAAAACACAGCAAUUUAAUAACCGUCCCUAUUCAGGAUGACUCAAAUUCAGGUGCUAGAGAACCACCACCUCCUGCCCCAGCACCUGCUCACCACCAUCCUGAAUAUCAGGGUCAACCAGUGGUUUCGCACCCUCAUCAUAUUAUGCCUCCACAGCAACAUUAUGCACCACCCCCACCUCCUCCACCACCAAUAAGCCAUCCAAUGCCACAUCCUCCCCAGGCUGCAGGUACUCCUCACUUGGUUUAUAGCCAAGCUCCACCUCCACCAAUGACCUCUGCUCCACCACCAAUCACCCCUCCCCCUGGACAUAUUAUUGCCCAGAUGCCACCUUAUAUGAAUCAUCCUCCUCCAGGACCUCCCCCACCUCAACAUGGUGGUCCACCUGUAACUGCACCCCCUCCUCACCAUUACAAUCCUAACUCUUUACCCCAGUUCACUGAAGAUCAAGGAACUCUGAGCCCUCCAUUUACACAACCAGGGGGAAUGAGUCCUGGUAUAUGGCCUGCACCAAGAGGGCCACCUCCUCCUCCACGAAUGCAGGGUCCGCCUUCUCAAACCCCACUUCCUGGACCACAUCAUCCAGAUCAGACAAGAUAUAGACCGUAUUACCAAUGAUUAAUAGUACUUUGAACUGAAGAUUUGAUGAGGAAAAAAAAACUUACGUAUAGUCAAUCUUUUAAUUAAGCUUUGACUGUUUUGGGGAAGGAAAAGUACCUCUUACUGAGGUGACCAUAAAACACUUAGGGUCUUGUCUCUUAAAAUGGUUUUAAAUCUUGACCUUAGAAUUGACUUUGAGACUAUACCGUAGUGCAGAUAAGUCACUCAGUUGAGCACAGCUGUACCUUAACGACUUUGUCCCCCUAGUGCGCUAAAUUGACCCAGAGGUGACCGUCUGUGAAAAAUGUGAGAAGAAUUUUUCAUUGUUCCACUUUCAAAAAUACGGCUUUUGUUAAAUCCAAUGUUUAGUUUUUCUGGUGAUACAUUUUGUUAACCUGUGUAAAAGGAUUAAAUUUCAAAAUGGUUGUAAAAAUGCUAUUUUUAUGUGAAUUUAAGUGCAGCCACAUACUGUUUUUUAAAACGUUUUACCACUAAUUUCCCAAAGUUACAAUAAAAUCCUAAAAGUAAAAAUCUACUAGAAUUUACUGUAAGGCAGACUGUUAAAUGGUAGAGAAUUAUUUCACAUUUUAGGCACUGAAAUUUUGAGGUAUAUUAAGUAUAUAAUGCACUUCACUUGGAUGCCUUUUCAUUUUUAGGCAGCCUCAGGAGCACCAAAAUACAUUGGAAUUCCAUAUUUAUGUUCAUAAUAUUAAAAGGCAUUAGUAAUUAUUUGGAAAGAUCCGGCCAAAGCAAUUGACUCUACAGGCUCCAAGCUGUUGGGGGAUACUGUUACUCGUUAAUGCUUUCUACCGAAUGGUUGGAAUCACAUGAUGCACCACAUUUACUAAUCUAAAGUAACAUUAUUUUAUAGAACUGUUUAAAUUGUGUUAUUCAGAUGAAGUGUGUUCUACUCUGCUCAUUGUCUUAAACUAAAUAUUUAGGGCUGAAUAAGCUUUGUAUAAUUCCUCAUUUCCUGGUAGAGUUUGAUCUGUGCUUUGAGUGGGUUCUUGUCUAUUGGGUUUUAAAGUACAGUAUGAAUGCCGUCGAGGAAUACUGUAUUAAUGAAGGACGUUCUUGUAAUCACAAACUUGGCGUUGCUCAGGUUUCAUUACUGUGUGAUAAGGUUUUUUUCUCUAACUUGAAAUUUUAAAACUAUUAAUUAUUUCCUAUUCCUUUUAUUGGUUAAGCACUAUAAAAUUUGGAACGUUUUAAAAUGGAGUCAACAGUGCAGACUACCAGAUGAUUUUGUAUAAGAGAAAAGGAAUGACUAAAUUGUGAAUUUCAGAGCUUUAUAAGGUGCCUUUAGAGUCAGCUUUUGCAUUAUAGGGGCUUGUUACAGUCCAGCUAAGAUGACCACUUACGUUUUAUACAGAACUCAUAUGUAUAAAUCAACACUCUUAGGAUAUUAUUUUAUAUCCUUUGAAUAAACCCCUGUGAAGUAUUUCCUCCCCCCUAAAAUGGUGCAUAAUAUAAACAUGAAAAGUGUAGUAUGCAGAUAUCAUUUAUUAACUAGUUUGUAGUGCAUAAAUUUAGAACAUUUCUUUUUGACAAAGGGUGAACUGAUGGCUAAUUUACCAUUUAAUUCUGUCAGAUACAGGCAAAAAACAGUUUCUCAUCUUGGAUCAUCAGAUGCAGAGGCAUCUAUGAACUUAGAGCUGAAGUUAGAGAUGAUAUCAAUGAUCAUUUCAACCUUGACCAGCUGAAAAUAACAAAUACGCUUUUUUUUUAAAGUUAUUUGAGUGAUUUUUCACAUCUAGCAAUUUGAGAGUCCAGUGUUAAUGCAAUAGAUCUAGUGAGAAAUUCUUAUUAGAAGCGUGGGAGUGAAGUAUGAACUAGUGUGAAAUGGUGGUGGUGAGUGCUUCUAUCAUAUUACUGUAGGUACUUGGACUGGUGCAAACUUGAUUCCUUUUCAUGCCCCUGUUUAGGAGCUGUUAAAAUAUUACUGUUGAAAAUCCAAUACCAUUCUUUGUUUCUUGUAAUAAGAAAAUAGCCAAAUUCACUUUAGAGCUUUUCAGCUAUCUAUGAGGAGCUCUCCUGUUUUUACUGAAAUUCGCUAGAGUUGAACGUGGUAUGAAACCACUUAGCCUAUGUAUUGGACAAAACAAUUACUAUCAUGAUAAACUUCCACAUGUUUAAGAGAAUUCUCAUAGACUUUUAAGAAAAUGAUUUCUUUUCAGUUAGGUUUAAAAAAAUAUGUAUUAUGCAGGGAGGCAGAUCAGAUGAAUGUGUUGUAGCAGACAAAAUUUUUAAAUGGUGUUAGACUUGAAUUCAUCCAGUUAUUGUUUGAAUGAGGGUGGGUGGGUAGAAGGAUAACAAAAUUACUGUUAGUUUUUCUUUCCUUAAGGAAAAAGAUGUGAAUCCCAGCCUUUUUUCAGGGAAGCCUUUGAAGCUAUGAUGGACAUAAGUCUAAAUUAAAUGUAUGUAUGUUUCAUUAUAUUGCUCUUAAGACUACUGAGGUGGCAGUUUAAUUCUUAAAAACAAUAAAAUGGAAGCAUAAAUACUAUUUUGCCUAGAUGAAUUUUUACCUAAUGACGACACAUUUGGGAGAAUGCAAAAUUUUCUGUGUUUAUGUGUUGGUACAACUUUUACAGUAAAAUUAGAUUCACUUUUUUUGAGAUGAAAACCAGCAAGUUGAAUGUUAAUAUUUCUUCAGUGGCAUGCUUGUUCUCAGUAUAAUACAGUAUUUGGGGAACCAUCAGUUGCAAAAACCACGAGAAACUAUAUCCAUUUUGCCUUGUAAAAACCAUUUGCUCAAAAUUAUUGUGUAAAUACUAACUAGAUACCACUGAAAUAUAAGUGGAAAGGAUAAUCUGAACGUAAUUUUUUAACUCACAUUAAGUGACUUUACUAUAUGAGGUAUACAGAGCUGC